GCUGUUUCACGGUAAAUCUUCUGCUACAUUCUCCAAAUUAAGAAAGAAAAAUGGCUUCAAUAUAUGCAUGUCUCACAGUGUCCCCCACGUUUCGUCCCCUCACUCUAAAACGGCCGUUUUCUCACAUGACAUUCCCCGGAAUCCAUGCACUGGCACCGGUUAUUUUUCCGGAGGUUUUCAUGAAAUCUCCGAGUUCUAGGGCUUCUUUUCCGGUUAUAAGGGCGAGCAUUGAUGUGAGCAGUGCGAUUAGGCCCGGGAGUGUUGUGGAGAGCGAGAAGCUGCCGUCUGAUGUAAGGAAGCGAGCGAUGGAGGCCGUUGAUACGUGUGGCUGGAGGGUUACCAUCGGUGACGUGGCCAGCAAGGCUGGGCUUAACUUGUACGAAGCUCAAAGGGCGCUUCAAGCUCUCGCUGCCGAUACCGAUGGCUUCUUGGAGGUUUCAGAUGAAGGUGAUGUCCUCUAUGUUUUUCCAAAGGAUUAUCGUGCUAAGCUUGCUUCCAAAUCAUUUAGGAUUAAAGUUGAACCUUUAGUUGAAAAGACAAAGGCUGCAGCUGCACAUUUGGUGAGAGUUUCUUUUGGGACAGCACUCGUUGCGUCAAUUGUUAUUGCUUUUGCUGCAGUUGUUGUUAUACUUCUCUCAAGUAAAAGUGGUGAUUCCGAUGACAGUAGUAGAAGACGUGAAGGCAGAUCAAAUAAUAUAGGAGUCACUUUCAACUUCAGUUCAACUGAUUUAUUUUGGUACUGGGAUCCAGAUUUCUAUCUGAGUCGACCUUCUGACAGGAUGAACUUUAUUGAAUCUGUUUUCUCAUUUGUAUUUGGUGAUGGUGAUCCAAAUCGAGGAAUUGAAGAAGAAAGGUGGAAGUUGAUUGGGCAGUAUGUAGCUUCAAAUGGUGGUGUUGUCACAGCAGAAGAACUUGCUCCAUAUCUCGAUUUAGAGACCAAAAAGGGUGUACUGAACUUGAUCUCUCCAUUUGUUUUUGCUUCUUCUGCACUUGACACAUAACCUUUGUUCUCUUUCUCCAUUUCUAUUAUGGUUACUUUAAUUCUUAGCACCUAGUCAGCCAAUUCAGUAGAUGUUGGAUUUUUUCCGUUAUUUUUGUUGCCAUCCUAGCACUUAAUCUCUCCAUUUUUUGUUUUCUUCUGCCCUUGACACAUAAACUCAGCUCUCUUUCAUCAUUCCUAUUAUUGCUAUUGUAAUCCAUACCUCCUAGUCUUUCGAUUUGCUUCAAUAUUUCAUUCUUGGUUCUCUUUCACUACUUCCCUCUACACUUAAAUAUUCUGUAGUACCUUACCUCAUCAUCCUAAAAUCAAACCCAUAUUUUGUGCUAAGCUAGUCUGUUUUGAAUCUUCCUGAAGAUUUUUCGGGCGAUUAUUUAAGAGCUUCAUUGCUAGCUUGGAUUCUGGUGUUUCUGGUGUUUCUUCUUUAAGGAACCAUUUUUUUUUAUCAGUGAAGAAGUUAGUGCUUAGGUUCUUUAAGGAUCCAUCUGAAAUGGUUCAGAUCUUAUUCCAAAUUUUCUGUUUUCAUUAUUAUCAUAAUUCUUUGUGCGUGUCUGUGUCCCUUUUACUUUUCAUUUGAUAUUGUUAACCAGCAACUAAACUUGUAAAUCUCAGUUGUUCCAAUGCUUUUUGGGACAUUUGAUUCUUACCCUACAUUGAUGUUAUUGCUUUUUCUGUCCAUUGUAUGCUGUUUGACACAUUUCUUCUCAUAACCUUUUUGUUUUAGAGCGAUGAAUCAUACAUCUUACCUGUUCUUCUGCGGUUUGAUGGUCAGCCAAUAAUAGAUACAGAGGUAUGUAGAGAUAGUAUAUGUACAUACAGAAAUCUGAAGAAUAUCAAUGUCACUGUUAAAUGUCUAUUUUAUUUAGAAUUAAGAAAAUGUAGUAUGAGAU